CGUCGUACUGAUGCUGAGAGGUAUUCAACUAACGUUACCGCAGAGAAGGGACGCUGGACACAACAAGUCGAGUCUCCCUGUCCCUGCCAAAACAACAAUAUGAGCAAACAUGAAGACACUGAGAGAGGAGGACAGUCCAACUCCGGCAACAGCGAAGAAAAAGACUGGGCAGCUCUCAAAACAUUAUUUGACAACGCGAAAACAGCGAAGAAGCCCCGUCCGCCCAAACCCAGCAACGCAGUGACCAUUGCGGUGUCCUCGCGCACGCUGUUUAACAUGGUGAAGGAGAGGAAGGUGUUUGAAGAGGAGGGGCUGGAGAGGUACGUCGCGCACCAGCUGGAGCUGGAGGAUCAGCUUUUUACCCCAGGGGUCUCGUUUCCUUUCGUUAAGGCGCUAAUGAACGUAAAUGCUCGUUUGAGGGAACUAUACCCAGACAGCGAGGAGCUGUUUGAUAUUGUGCUGAUGACUAAUAACCACGCCCAGGUCGGAGUUCGUCUCAUCAACAGCAUCAAUCACUACGAUCUAAAUAUAGAGAGAUUUUGCAUGACGGGUGGAGAGAGUCCGAUUGGUUACCUAAAGGCCUACAUGACCAACCUCUACCUGUCCAAAGAUUCAAAGAAGGUACAGGAAGCUAUCGAAGAAGGAAUUGCCGCUGCCACAAUGUUCACCUGUGACAGUGAGAACGAGCUCAGUGACACGCAGCUACGUGUAGCCUUCGACGGGGAUGCUGUUUUGUUUUCUGACGAGUCUGAGAUUAUCGUGAAGGAACACGGAUUGGACACCUUUUUUAAGCAUGAGAAAGAGUUUGAGAACAAGCCUCUUGCUCAGGGCCCCUUAAAAUGUUUUCUGGAAGCAUUGGGGAAACUCCAGCGCAAGUUCUAUGCAAAAGACCAAAGAAUCAACUGCCCAAUUCGCACUUACUUGGUCACAGCUCGAAGUGCUGCCAGCGCUGGGGCCCGCGUCCUGAAGACCCUACGGAGCUGGGGGUUGGAAGUAGACGAGGCCCUCUUUUUGGCUGGGGCUCCUAAGGGGCCUCUCCUUCAUAAGAUUAGGCCACACAUCUUCUUUGAUGAUCAGAUGUUUCACAUCGAGGGCGCCCAGGAGCUCGGGACAAUCGCUGCUCAUGUGCCCUAUGGAAUUGGACAGAAAUAUCAUAAGGGGAAACGGAUAGAAAGUGGUGCAGAGGAAAAAAUUUAAUGAUUUGAUGAUUAUCAAAAGUCCCAUCUCUUUAGGUCCCUCAAGUUAAUUUUAUUUAUUUAUUUUUGGUUGCUUCUGAGAAUAUUUUGAACCUUGAUCUGUUCUGUACAGAUGGUUUAAGUUAAAUGGAUUACUGGAAAUAUAAAUACAAAGAAGCUACUGUGCCUGUGCUCAAAAUGGCCUACAUAUUAUGUACUGUACUAAUCUGACAGCAGCACUGUAAGGUUAAACUUCAAACUUCAGCCCUUUCUUUUUCUAUUUUUAAGAGAAUAAUGUGCAAUUAGAAGUGUUUACCAGCCAUUAUGCCUUGUUCAUUCCAAUUUUAUAUUGUUUAAUCAAGAGUUUAAAAUAGAAUAUUUAUAUACCUCAGGGAAUAUAUAUUGCAACUGUAUUUGAUUUAUAGUGUGAUAUUUUAUUAUGCAAUGUAAAUUUAAGUUUUAUCUACAUUAUUUUAGAUGUUG